CCAAAGGAAACUCACUCAUAAAAAGAAUAUCACUCUUUACAACCCUAAUUUCCUUGAAUGGCGGAUGUUGCUACCGAAAUUGCGAAGAAGAUGGAGGAAAAGGCGGAGCCGUCAGUGACCGUGGCACCAACUAAAACGGUGGAGGCUGCAACGGCGGAAGAAGCUGAGACCAAGGUGAUGGUGGCACCUCCUAAAGCGGUCGAGGCUACAAACAAAUCGGUGGAAGAUGAGGUGAAGCCAACGGAGACGUCUAGCUUGGUGGGGAAGCUUGAGACAGACGUGGAGAUCAAAGCUUCUGCUGGGCAGUUCCAUCACAUGUUCACCGGGAAACCACACCAUGUUUCCAAAGCAUCUCCAGGCAACAUUCAGGGCUGUGAUCUGCACGAAGGCGAUUGGGGCAAACCCGGCUCCAUCAUCUUGUGGAAUUACGUUCAUGAUGGAGAGGCAAAGGUUGCAAAGGAGAGGAUCGAGGCGGUGGAGCCGGAGAAGAACCUGAUCACGUUUAGAGUUAUUGAAGGUGAUCUGAUGAAAGAGUACAAAAGUUUCUUGCUCACAAUCCAGGUGACCCCUAAGCACGGUGGGGCAGGGAGUAUUGUUCACUGGCACCUUGAGUAUGAGAAGAUUAGCGACGAGGUUGCUCAUCCCGAGACUCUCCUCCAGUUCUGUGUCGAAGUCUCCAAAGAGAUCGACGAACAUCUCUUGGCCGAGGAAUAAAGGAAUGUGUGUGUGUGUCUGUUUUUAAUAAAGAAUGUGUGAUGUGCCUUUCUUUCUGUAUUUUAAUUAAACGCAAUAAGGGAUUAAGGAGCCAAGUACGAGUUUGUGAGAGAUAUAAAUGAUGAGUGUGCCAUGAUUAUGUGUGUAUAAUAAGAUCAAUUUACGUUUCAAGUUGUAUCUUUGAGAAGCGACGUGUACUAGCUAUGACGCUACUAUAUAAUAAGACUGUGUGUAAUUUGUAUUAAUAAUAUCUGUUUGGAUUUA